AUGCCAAAGAUAUCAAAUAUAGAUUCAUUCAUACAAUUGUCAUCUGAUUUAUUGGCAACAUAUCCCACAACCACAACCUUAUCAAUAACAUAUUCCAACAUUGCCAAAAAGAAGCAAUCAACCAAAGAAGGUGACUCCAGUAUUAAGAAAAAACAACCAACAAAGAAAGCAAGCCAUUCCGUCAGUUUUAAACUCUUCGAACCACAUACUGGGAAAUGUAUCAAAUAUUCCACAUAUAAAAUCAAAGAAUUAUCCAAGAUUUUAAAUUUUAUUGGACCUAGAGGAAUUCAUGAUUCUAAUAAUUUACAUGUUUUGGGAUUGAGUAGUUUGAUGACGAAUGUGAAAUAUGAGGCUACUGAGGAUGAAGGAACUCCCGUGCCUGAGGUUAUUAAACAGGAACAACAAAGGGUUGAGAAGGAAGGUAGUCCUUUGGUAGCGAAGGAGGGAGGUGCUGGUGCUUCAAAGAAGAAGAAUAAGAAGAAAAAGAAGAAGAAUUGA